UGUGGAUAUCCGAGGUGUGACUUGACGGAGGAAAAAAUGUGUGUUAUUUUUUGUCCCGUCCACUGUUCGUUCCGUCCGAUUGAUAGCAACAUAUUAAUGUUCAUUUCCGGUCAAUAUUACCGGUAUAUCCGCACUGCUCGACGAUAAAAUUGCGGCUCAUCAGAUACAGUCCAUGAUUCUCAGAUUAACAUGCGGUGCACCAUACCCUUCAAUUACCACGCAGAUUCUUAAAAAUGAUUUUGUGAGGACGCGCAGCUAGCAAAUAUACGGAUUUUUGACUCAAUCUCUUCACUACAAAAUUCUCAAGCAUCUCGAACUUGGAGGGUGCGCCAAAUCAUUAUGAUCAAACACUCAGUUACGACCGUCAUCCUUCAUGUGUUAUUAUGCCUACAUAAAGAAACUCUUGGGAGGAACCUCAUCGAAUCGAUGAUGGGAGAGGGUAUGGCAGACAGGGGCCUACUGUCGCAACUAGUCCUCGACGCAGCACCUCCGAGAGCGGGCAGCCUACUCGACCGUAAAAGUUGGACGGUCACUUGCGAAAACUCCCACGCGGGGAACGAGUGCAGCAACAUGAUAGACGGCGACCCAGCAUCAUUCUACCACAGCGAGUAUGAGCCGACAGCCACCCCUCUACCGCACACGAUGACCAUCGACCUGAAGGAAAUCCGCAACGUGAUCGGAAUCGCGAUGCUCCCGCGGCAAGACGGCGGAAGGAACGGCAUAAUCGCCGGGCACUCCAUACACGUCAGCCUGGACGGCAGGACUUUCAGCGACCCCGUGGCCCUCGGCACUUGGUUCGCGGACACGACGGAGAAGUUUUCCGUCUUCGAGGCCGUCAAAGCCCGCUACAUCAGGAUCGUCCACACGACCGAGCCAGAGAAUCAACCCUUCACCUGCGUCGCAGAACUAGGCGUCUUCACGACGCCCACCUUCACCACCCCGCACUCGAGCCUCGGGAUCUGGGGGCCGACGAUCGAUUGCCCGAUCGUCCCCUCGGCGGUCGCCGUCUUGCACGACGGGAAGGUCCUCAUGUGGUCGUCCUACUCGAACGAUGCCUUCGUGGGGGGUCCGGGUGGCUUGACGUUCACGGCCACCUACGACCCGACGACAAGGACUAUCUCCCAACGCACGGUUACGGACACGCACCACGACAUGUUCUGCCCGGGGCUCUGCCAAGAUGCCAACGGGCGUGUCUUCGUAACGGGUGGCAACGACGCCUCCAAAACGAGCAUCUACGAACCGGGCGUCGACUCGUGGGUCUCGGGUCCGAAUAUGACCAUCUCGAGAGGGUACCAGGCGUCGACGCUCUGCAGUGACGGACGGAUCUUCGUGAUCGGUGGAUCGUGGAACGGGGGGGUGGGUAAUAAAAACGGAGAGAUCUACGAUCCGACGACCAAUAGGUGGAGUUUGCUCCCUGGGUGCCCUGUACAACCAAUGGUAACGGCGGACAAACAGGGCACCUACCGUGGGGACAACCACGGUUGGCUGUUUGCCUGGAAAGGCAACUCCGUGUUUCAGGCCGGUCCGAGUAAGGCCAUGAACUGGUACUCGACCACCGGCGCGGGUGGCCACCGAGGUGCUGGGUCUCGCGGCAGGGAUACGGACGCUAUGUGCGGAGUGGCCGUGAUGUUCGACGCGGUUGCCGGGAAGAUCUUGACCGCAGGAGGAGCGCCGAGCUACAUGCAAGAGGCGGCCACGACCAACGCCCAUCUUAUCACCAUCGGGAACCCGAAGGCGGACCCUCAGGUCCAAGAGACGGGAAAUAGGAUGAACUUCCCGCGGAUCUACCACAACGGCGUGGUGUUGCCCAACGGCGAGGUUUUCAUCGUUGGUGGUCAGGUUGUAGGCACGCCGUUCUUCGACGAGGGUUGGCAGAACACGUCGGAGAUCUACUGUCCGAAGAAAGAUCGCUUCCGACCGGCGGCCCCCAACUCCAUACCCCGCAACUACCAUUCUUUCGCUGUCCUCCUCCAGGACGCCACUGUCAUCAGCGGGGGCGGUGGGCUUUGCGGAAGCUGCGAUACGAACCACUUCGACUUUCAGAUAUACUCCCCGGCUUACCUCUUCAACUCUGAUGGGAGCAGGGCGACCAGACCUGUCAUUACGGCCGUGUCCUCUGCGACGGUCAGACCGGGAGGAAGACUUGCCUUCAAGACGGACGGUAAGAUCAUUUCGGCGAGUCUCGUCCGUUUGGGCAGCGCCACGCACACCGUUGAUACCGAUCAAAGGAGAGUCCCCCUGGACCUGAGAGCAGCCAGCGCGAACUCAUAUAAUGCGGUUCUACCUGCAGAUUCCGGCAUAUUGAUACCGGGGUAUUGGUUUUUGUUCGUCAUGAACGGGAAGGAUGUACCUAGCAUAGGAAAAAUAAUAAAAGUUGCGUUAUCCUAGAGUUA